AUGGAGGAAGAGGACUACUUUGCCAGGGGUGGCGAAGAUGAAGAUGAGGGUGAGGAUGAAGACGAGGAUGAAGAAGAAGUGAGGGUGGCCAGAGCGGCAGCGGCCGUGGAGUGGCGGGAGGGUGGCGGGCAGUUCGGGGGCGUGCCGGGGGGCGGCGGCAGCGGUGCCGCUCGCGAAGUGUACGGCUUCGUGCGCCAGCUGCGGCGGGAGGAACGCAAUGCCGCGCCGCGCCUCCACUCCAUCCGACGCGAUGCCCUCUUCCUGGACCGCCUCCGCAGUGCGUGGCCAGAGUGGCCGCUGGGUGCCAACUUGAGGUGCGGGCUGUGGUACUGCCAUCCGCCACCGGCGUUCACGUGCUACUUCAAGUCGACCGACGGUCACACGGGCCAGUGGCAAUUCAACCUGAGCCGACUGAACGCCCACGUCGUCCUACAGGUGGCGCAGCACAAUGGAUCGAGCGAAGACGAACAGCAGCGGUGGGAUCGAUUGUGUAUGCCUCCGUGGGUGGGCGAUAGUGAGCGCGCGCAGACCGAGAGGAAACUGGAACGGUUUGUCGAACAAUUGCUGGCCAGCGAUCAGCUGACGCUCGAGAAGAUACGGGACAACCUGCAACGGCCGCUUCGGCCGGCGUGGAUCGCACCUGAGUACCCACUGCCAUGGAGCACCACCAGUGGGGGUACGGUAAAGCCGCUGGUGUUGGUCUCCACGGCCCACGUUUCGCUGGUGGAGGACACACAGUACAUCCAAGGCGCGGGAGACGACGAAGAGAGCUGGGCCAUGGGCCUCACGCCCGCGCUCUUCUGGGACCAUCACGACCACAUCCUCGAGUACGCCUCGCAGGACACUGUCGAAGAGCGCAUUCGCGAGGUCGUCGCCCGGUACAAGCAGCAGCGCACGCAAGCGCUCGCCGAGCUGACGACGGGCGGGGAGGGCACGGCUCAACAGCUGCAUUGGAUCGGCCAGACGGGCAUUGCAGUGGCCGACGACGUGCACGCCCUCGUGCGACCCGAGGUAUGGAAGCAGUUCGGCCUGGUGAUCAACUGCGCCGAUGCGAACCCGCAGGGUCACGCGGGCCAACUCCAGCAAAGCGACACGACCUACCUGCACGUUCCUCUGCCGGGUAAGCGGGACAAGCAGAAGGUGUGCUCGCUCUUGGACAAAGCCCUCCCCGCGGCCUACGAGCGUCUGCGCCAAGGGAAGCCGGUUCUCGUCCACAACGCUCAGUCCCUCGCCGUCGCUUCAUUCCUAUGCGUGGCGAUUCUGCUUCGACACUUUGAUGGAGCGACGUGGGAGACACUGCAGGAGAGGCCCGCGUCACCCGUCACCAAGCCGCGCAUUCAAAAAGCGCUUCUGUUCGUGGCGGCACAGGUGCCUCAGGGCAAGGGACCCUCGCGCGCGCUGAUGAAGGAGCUCAACAAGUUCUUCAUGUCCAGCUCCGCCAGCUACGGUAUCUGA